AUGGACGGAAGGAUUACGCAUGUUGAGGAGAAGAAUUGGUGGAGUGGACUUGCCUCAAUUCGGUCAUAUUUUGCUCCACUCCUCCAAGGGUCUGCCUCUCGGCUACCUUCGGCAAACGCCAUUGUGAGAUCCAGAUCACUGGAAUCUGUUGCGAAGCCCCUCGCCGAGGAGCCAAACAACUCCAACCUGGAUCCCGCAUACUCCUCUUAG